UCGUGCAAGAAAGCCACCUGAGCGGCACACCUGCCAUUGAGCUGAAUAGACUCAGCUCCCCACUGCGCAUGCUCCACUCACUCAAGGGCUACACUGUCAUGGCGGUGACGAGCUGGAGCUGAAGCUACCGGGGUAAAUCAGGAAGAGAAUGCAGCGCAGCUGGGUUAACGCUGACAUUUAGGCAAGUCUGUGGAGUUUGCCAGGGAGGACCGAGCGGACAUUUGUCGACUUCCACCGGAGAUAUUGACGGACUUGCCGCUUUCCAGUUUGUGAGUUUUUGCUUCUGUCAAGCGCGCUACCUGUCAAGUGUCUGGACUCGGUGACAAUAGCAACUUCCACUGCUGUACGGAGAUAUUAAAGUCACCGUAUUCUCGUUUGCCAUUUGACCGAGCGGAGGAGAAAACAGGUUAAGGGUGAGCUCUGCUUCACGUGCUUCUCCCCUCGUUACCUGCAGCUCACUUCCUCGCCGCUUUCAACAGCAUUAAUCCAUCCGUCUGCUAUCAAGUUACGGACCAGGGGGAGAGGAGUAGUUCACUGUGGAGUGAAGCGGUGAUAUUUCCAGCCUCGCGGGGCGAACGGCUAACACACACUUUGCGCCUUUUUUGCUCACUUUCGAGGCUCAUUCGCUAAACUGUUUUGGAUGGGGAGGAAAACGUUUGUUUUGUGUGCCUGUAGACUGCCAACAACUCAACUGAAGGGGAUAUAGAUCCCUCUUUCUCCUCCGACAUCGGCUGCACUGUCACCAUUGGAGGUGAACAGGUGCCUUACCUGUGAACGCCACCUGUCCCGUCCUUCCUUUAGCAAUGGCUAGCGAGGAGACAGCGGGCGCUGCGCAGCCAGGUGAUGGAAAGGACGGGAGAUCGGGCGCCAUGGCGCUCAACCCCGGAGUGCCUAUCAGGGGGAUACGGAUGAAAUUUGCCGUGCUUGCCGGCCUGGUGGAAGUUGGGGAAGUUUCCAACCGAGACAUUGUGGAGACGGUGUUCAACCUGCUGGUCGGUGGCCAGUUUGACCUUGAAAUGAACUUCAUCAUCCAGGAACCCGAGAGCAUCGUGUGCAUGGUGGAGCUGUUAGACAAGUGUGAGCCCACCUGUCAGGCCGAGGUCUGGAGCAUCUUCACUGCCAUCCUGAAGAAGAGUGUCCGCAACCUGCAGGCGUGCACUGAUGUGGGGCUCAUCCGGCAGGUGCUCCAGCGUAUAUCCACCACUGACAGCAUGAUCGCAGACCUACUGGUGGACAUGUUGGGCGUGCUCGCCAGCUACAGCAUCACAGUGAAAGAGCUCAAGCUUUUCUUCAGCAAGUUGCAAGGGGAGAAAGGCCAGUGGCCUCGUCAUGCAGUGAAGCUUUUGUCAGUUCUGAAGUACAUGGCUCACAGGAAUGGCCCUGACUCCUUCUUCAGCUUUCCAGGGAAAAAUGCAGCUGCUAUAGCUUUGCCUCCUAUAGCAAAAUGGCCAUACCAGAAUGGGUUUACAUUCCACACAUGGCUCCGGAUGGAUCCUCUCAACAACAUCAAUGUAGACAAAGACAAGCCUUACCUAUACUGUUUCCGCACUAGUAAAGGCCUGGGUUACUCUGCACACUUUGUGGGCGGCUGUUUGAUAGUGACCUCAUUAAAAUCCAAGGGGAAAGGAUUCCAGCACUGCGUAAAGUACGACUUCAAACCACAGAAGUGGUACAUGGUGACUCUUGUUCACAUCUACAACCGCUGGAAAAACAGUGAAAUUAGUUGCUAUGUGAACGGUGAACUGGCUUCCUUUGGAGACAUCGCCUGGUUUGUCAACACCAGCGACACGUUUGACAAGUGUUUCCUGGGAUCGUCUGAGACAGCAGAUGCCAACCGUGUGUUCUGUGGACAGAUGGGAGCAGUUUACCUUUUUGGAGAGUCUCUCAGCGCUGCUCAGAUCCUGGCCAUCUAUCAUCUGGGUCCAGGUUACCAGGGCACAUUCAAGUACAAGGCUGAGAGUGACUUGCUGUUUGCGGAACAUCAUAAGACCUUACUGUAUGAUGGCAAGCUGUCCUCUAGUAUUGCCUUCACAUAUAACCCUCGCGCCACAGAUGCCCAGCUUUGCCUUGAGUCCUCUCCUAAGGACAACACCUCCAUUUUUGUCCACUCACCCCAUGCACUCAUGCUGCAGGACGUGAAGGCCGUGGUGACUCAUUCAGUCCAGAGUGGCAUACACUCUAUCGGAGGCGUGCAGGUCCUCUUCCCUUUGUUUGCACAGCUGGAUUAUUUCCAGCCCUCCAGCCACGAGCUGGACACAUCUGUCUGCUGCACUUUGCUAUCCUUUGUGAUGGAGCUCUUGAAGAACUCAGUGGCUAUGCAAGAGCAGGUCCUGGCCUGCAAAGGCUUUCUCGUCAUUGGCUACACUUUGGAGAAGUCUUCCAAGGUGCAUGUGACGCGGCCCGUCCUGGACAUUGUGCUGGCCUUCUCCAGAUACCUUAGCAACUUGCAGAAUGGCAUCUUGCUGCUCAAGCAGCUGUGUGACCACAUUCUGUUCAACCCUGCCAUCUGGAUCCAUGCCCCUGCCAAGGUGCAACUGACACUCUACACUUACCUGGCAACAGAGUUCAUCAGCACAGUGACCAUCUACAACACCAUUCGCAGGGUGGGCACUGUACUUCAAGUCAUGCAUACACUGAAAUACUACUACUGGGUUAUCAAUCCCCAGGACCGCAGUGGAGUCAUGCCCAAAGGCCUAGAUGGUCCAAGGCCAAACCAGAAGGAGAUCCUUUCUUUGCGAGCCUUUCUGUUGUUGUUUGUCAAGCAGCUCAUAAUGAAGGAUCAUGGAGUGAAGGACGAUGAGCUACAGAGUAUCCUCAACUACCUCCUUACCAUGCAUGAGGAUGACAAUCUCAUGGAUGUACUGCAGUUGUUGGUGGCUCUGAUGUCUGAACAUCCUGGGUCCAUGGUCCAGGCCUUCGACCAGCGCAACGGGAUUCAUGUGAUUUACAAGCUUUUGGCCUCUAAAAGCGAAGGAAUAAGAGUGCAGGCACUCAAAGUAAUGGGCUACUUUGUGAAACACUUGCCACUAAAGAGAAAAUCUGAGGUCAUGCUGAGUCAUGGACUCUUCUCCCUGCUCACUGAGCGCCUGAUGCUCCACUCCAGCCAGUUCAGCAUGACAACCUACAAUGUGCUCUUUGAGAUUCUUACAGAGCAGAUCUGCACUCAAGUGAUCCAUAAACAGCAUCCGGACCCCGACUCCACUGUGAAGAUUCUCAACCCACAAAUUCUGAAGGUAAUAGCUGCACUGCUGAAGAACUCUCCCCCAUCCCCCGAGAGCAUGGAGGUGCGCAGGGUCUUUCUCUCAGACAUGAUCAAACUGUUCAAUAACAGCCGUGAGAACCGCAGGAGCCUGCUGCAGUGCUCGGUGUGGCAAGAGUGGAUGCUCUCUCUGUGCUUCAUCAACCCGCGAAACAGCGAAGAGCAGAAAAUCACAGAGAUGGUGUACGCCAUAUUCCGCAUCCUGCUCUAUCACGCCAUCAAAUAUGAGUGGGGUGGCUGGCGCGUCUGGGUGGACACCCUGUCCAUCACCCACUCCAAGGUAACCUUUGAGCAGCACAAAGAGAAUCUGUCCCGUAUGUUCAGUCAGUACCAGCGUCAAGAGUCUUCAGCCUCUCUGAGCACAAUCCGAACCAUCUCUGGUGUCAGCCAAAGCUCAGAGACCAUGGAAUGUGUUAACGGGCCACCUGCUGAGGAGACGGCCCCUUCCACUGUCAUUGAACUCACAGUGGACGAGCUGUCCCAGAAGUCCCCUGACUCAACAUCUAGUUCCACCAUCACCUCCAGCCCACCGGAGGCUGCUGAUGAAAGGGGACACGCGUCCAUCACCGUGUCCAACAUCCUGGCCAGGGCCGAAGAAGAAGACCAGAAACUGGUUCAGGAGUCUUCCAAGGAUGCCUCAGGUGAUGAAAAAGAGACAGAAGCCACUGUGACACAAAAAAACAAAGCGGAACAGACUGAGACUACCACUGACAAUCUACAAACAUCAGUUAGCGACCAGGCUGAAACAGAUGACACGAAAGCAGUGGAAGUGGUUAGAGACUCUGCUACGACAUCUGCGAGUGACGAUGCACAAACACCUGUAACAGAUGAUGAAAGAUCUGAGAGUGAACCUAACAAAGGUGAAUCAUCAAACUCCAUGACAGAAGACUCUUUGAAUGAAGCAGAUACAGAACUGCCAGUGGUUUCAGAACAAGAGGGUAAGACUGACCAAAUGUCCCCUGAGACUGCGGCCUGUCUGGAGAACAGUGUGCUGGGUGGAUCCUCCGUCUUCAACAAGGACCUGGUUGAUGUGUUGUCUGUUAGUGACCAGAUCCACCCUAGUGAUGCUGAUGAUAGCCAAGAGGAGUCCUCUUAUGCAUCUGCUGUUGUCGGAGAGGAAGUGGAGGAAGGAAAAAAGAAGGAAGAUGAACAUGAUGGUGAUAAAGACAAGAAAAAUGAUCAGGAAGGACAUGAGAUGAUGACGGAUGAAGAAAAAGAUGAGAAGCAGGAGGUUAGAAUACAGGAAAAAACUGAAGACAAACAGGUGUCUGGUUUGAAGACUCCUCCAUUAGGAACACCUGAACAACGUGUGACAGAACCACCCAAAGAAGAAGUUAAAGAUGAACAGUGUUCCUCCAUAACUGAAACUGCCCCUGCAGUUCAGCAGCCCAUAGAUACCACACUGCCCUCUACAGCCCAGGAGGUUGCAGCAACAUCAGACUCCACUUCACCUAACCAGCCUUCAGAGACCACCGGCACCACUGAAGAGGAAACCCUGUCCAGUCCUCGAGACGGCAGCACCGCCGCCUCCAACUCUGGCACCCAGAAGAGUGCAGACUCUGUCAGCAAGACCAAAGAGAUAAAAAUUGCCAAGCUGGACGUGUCCAAUGUGGCCUUAGACACAGAGAGACUUGAACUGAAGGUGACCUCUACAACAGAAACAAGCCAAGGCCAGCAGGCAGCAGCAGCCAGAGGGACUUCAGGUCAGCAGAGAGAGAGCAGCACUUCGGCCCCUCGUUCCACCAUGUUUCGCAUCCCAGAGUUCCGCUGGUCUCACAUGCACCAACGCCUCCUCACGGACCUGCUCUUCUCUAUCGAGACAGAUGUCCAGAUGUGGAGGAGUCACUCCACAAAGACAAUUUUGGACUUUGUGAACAGCAGUGAGAACGUCGUGUUUGUCCACAACAGUAUACACCUCAUCUCCCAGGUGGUGGACAACCUCAUCAUGGCUUGUGGAGGCAUUUUACCUCUGCUCUCUGCUGCCACCUCUUCUUCUCAUGAACUGGAGAACAUUGAACCAUCCCAAGGCUUGUCAGUGGAGGCUUCGAUCACCUUCUUACAGCGCCUCAUCAACCUCGUGGAUGUACUCAUCUUUGCCAGCUCCCUCAACUUCACUGAGAUAGAAGCUGAGAAAAACAUGUCGUCAGGAGGCAUCCUCCGGCAGUGCCUUCGCCUUGUGUGUGCUAUGGCUGUGAGAAACUGUCUGGAGUGUCAGCAAGCCCAAUUUAAGCAUGGCACAGAAAGCUCAGCACGCAGCUACACAGCCGUGCCCGGCACUGUGCUUGGAACAGCCAAGUCUGCAGCCGCGCAGAGUCCUGUUGAUGCAGUGACAGGUGGAAUGUCUCCAAUCAACGACUUAGACCGGCUUCUUCAGGAUAUGGACAUAAACCGCCUCAGGGCUGUCGUCUUCAGAGAUAUUGAGGACAGUAAGCAGGCUCAGUUUCUGGCUCUUGCUGUUGUCUACUUCAUCUCAGUCCUCAUGGUGUCUAAGUACCGCGACAUCCUGGAGCCCCACAAUGACAAGAAACACCCUCAGCGAUCGCAGUCUGCCAGGAGCACAGAUAGUGGUGCCAUUUCUGGUGGACUUGAAGUGGAGAAUGGAGUCUCUCUCCGGCGGUAUGAUUCUGGCAUUGGUGAUGACCACACCUCAACCGCUGCGAGCGAAGCAGACCUGUCAUCCUCUGGAGUGACUCACGGUCCAGACGCCAUCUCAGAGGCCCUGUCUACACUGUCUUCUGAGGUCAGACCUUCUCUGCCCACUGAUUCAAAGGGCAAGAAUGUGAAGGACAUUCUGCGCAGCCUAGUGAGCACUCCAGCUGAUGAUAUCAUGGUGGACCCAAGUCUGCUGCCACCAGCAUUUCUAGGAAGUGUGGGCGAUGUGGCCAGAGAAUCAUCGCUACAGUUCCGGUCCUUCGAUAGAAGUGUCAUCGUUGCACCCAAGAAAGCAGGCAUGACACCAUCUCCAGGCACUUCCAUUCCCGUCCCAGCAGCCACUGCUGCAUCUGUGUCUGGUGGGACACCAAUCGACAGCGUUGCCAUAGUGUCUUCUGACGAUGCCUCCCAGAGCACCUCUGCAGAUUCUGCAGCUACAGGCGGCCAGGUUCCAGCCAGCACUAGCCUGCCAUCUGUCCCCCCACUCUCCCCUGUGACCCAGAACACAGCCCCCAAUAUGAGUAUCUCAGAGCGUCUGGAGCAUGCUCUGGAGAAGGCAGCUCCUCUGCUGAGAGAGAUCUUUGUGGACUUUGCCCCCUUCCUCUCUCGGACCCUGCUGGGCAGCCAUGGACAAGAGCUCCUUAUUGAGGGCACGAGCCUGGUGUGUAUGAAGUCCAGCAGCUCAGUGGUGGAGCUCGUCAUGCUACUAUGUUCACAGGAAUGGCAGAACUCCAUCCAGAAGAAUGCGGGUCUAGCCUUUAUCGAGUUAGUCAACGAAGGCAGGCUGCUGAGUCACACCAUGAAGGACCACCUGGUUCGUGUGGCUAAUGAAGCUGAAUUUAUUCUUAGUCGACAGAGGGCUGAAGACAUCCAUAAACAUGCAGAGUUUGAGUCUUUCUGUGCUCAGUACGCAGCGGAGAAGCGAGAUGAGGAGAAAAUGUGUGACCAUCUGAUCCGAGCAGCCAAGUACCGCGACCAUGUGACAGCCACACAGCUCAUCCAGAAGAUAGUCAACAUCCUGACUGACAAACAUGGAGCCUGGGGAAGCUCUUCCAUAAGCCGGCCGAGGGAGUUCUGGCGCCUGGACUACUGGGAGGACGAUUUAAGGCGGCGACGUCGCUUCAUCAGGAACCCCUCCGGAUCCACUCACUCAGAGGCCACGCUCAAAGCCGCGGCUGAACACGCGGCUGAUAUCAGUGCGUCCGAAGAGGAUGUUCUCAAAGGCAAGCAGUCCAUUAGGAGUCAGGCUCUGGGAAAUCAAAACUCGGAGACUGAGACAUUACUUGACGGAGACGAUGACACUCUGUCAUCCUUAGAGGAGAAGGACCUGGAGAACUUAACAGGCCCAGUAAACCUGAGCACCAGUGCGCAGCUGGUGGCUCCGGCCGUGGUGGUGAAAGGCACCCUGUCCAUCACCCCCUCCGAGCUCUACUUCGAGGUGGAUGAAGACGAGCCGGGCUUCAAGGCCAUCGAUCCAAAGAUUCUAGCCUAUACAGAAGGUCUUCAUGGAAAAUGGCUGUUCACAGAGAUCCGUGCCGUCUUUUCCAGACGCUACCUACUGCAGAAUACUGCUCUGGAAAUCUUCAUGGCCAACAGAACGGCAGUCAUGUUGAACUUCCCAGAUGCAGCCAUGGUCAAGAAGGUGGUCCACAGUCUUCCUCGUGUUGGGGUGGGCACGAACUUUGGUCUUCCACAGACCAGACGUAUCUCUCUGGCCACACCAAAGCAGCUAUUCAAGGCAUCCAACAUGACCCAGCGCUGGCAACGCCGCGAGAUAUCCAACUUUGAGUACCUCAUGUUUCUCAACACCAUCUCUGGUCGGACCUUUAAUGACUUAAACCAGUACCCGGUCUUCCCCUGGGUUAUCACCAACUACGACUCAGGGGAACUUGACCUCACUCUGCCCAGCAACUUCAGAGAUCUGUCCAAGCCCAUUGGUGCUCUCAACCCCAAGAGGGCAGCAUUCUUUUCAGACCGAUAUGAGUCCUGGGAGGAUGAACAGGUGCCGAAGUUCCACUAUGGCACCCACUAUUCGACCUCCAGCUUCACCAUGAUGUGGCUACUGCGUAUUGAACCCUUCACCACGUUUUUUCUCAACUUCCAAGGAGGGAAGUUUGACCAUGCUGACCGCACCUUCUCCUCAGUGUCCCGGGCCUGGAGGAACUGCCAGAGAGACACAUCUGAUGUUAAGGAGCUGAUCCCAGAGUUCUACUACCUCCCUGAGAUGUUUGUCAACGCCAACAGUUACAACCUGGGAGUGAUGGAGGAUGGCACUGUCGUCUCUCAUGUGGAGCUGCCACCGUGGGCCAAGAGCCCAGAGGAGUUUGUACGCAUCAAUCGCCUGGCUCUAGAGAGCGAGUUUGUGUCCUGCCAGCUCCACCAGUGGAUCGAUCUGAUCUUUGGCUACAAGCAGCAGGGACCUGAAGCCACCAGAGCCCUCAAUGUUUUCUAUUAUCUGACCUAUGAAGGUGCAGUCAACCUCAGCUCCAUCAACGACCCCAUGCUCAGAGAGGCUGUGGAGUCUCAAAUUAGGAGUUUUGGACAGACCCCCUGCCAGUUGCUCAUCGAGCCACACCCACCCCGAAGCUCAGCCAUGCAAGUGUAUCUUCUCCUGCAGACCCCGCUGAUGUUUACGGAGCAGAUGCAGCAGGAUGUUAUCAUGGUUCUGAAGUUCCCAUCCAACUCUCCUGUGACCCACGUAGCGGCCAACACCCAGCCAGGCUUAACGUCACCUGCCAUCAUCACUGUCACUGCCAACCGCCUCUUUGCCGUCAACAAGUGGCACGGCCUGACUGGUCAUCAGAGCUCAACGGUGCAGGACCAGCAGUACCAACUUCCUGUGGAAAUUGACCCUCUGAUAGCCAGUAACGUUGGCAGUCAUCGUCGUCAGAUCUCAGACCUGCUGGAUCAAAGCAUUCAGAUCAGCUUGCAGUGUUUCGUCAUCACUGCCGACAACCGCUUCAUCCUUCUGUGCGGCUUUUGGGACAAGAGCUUCCGGGUUUACUCCACUGACUCAGGCAAACUGACUCAGAUAGUCUUUGGGCACCGUGACGUGGUGACGUGUCUGGCUCGCUCUGAGUCUUACAUUGGAGGAGACUGCUACGUCCUGUCAGGCUCCAGAGAUGCCACCCUGCUGCUGUGGUACUGGAACGGAAAGUACAACAGCAUUGGAGAGAACCCAGGCACAGAGUUUACCACACCGCGGGCCAUUUUAACAGGCCAUGACUGUGAAGUGACGUGUGCAAGUGUGUGUGCCGAGUUGGGUCUCGUCGUCAGUGGCUGCAAAGAGGGUCCUUGUCUGAUCCAUUCCAUGAAUGGGGACCUGCUGCGGACCCUGGAGGGCCCAGAGCGGUGCCUGCGGCCUCGUCUUAUCCAAUCCUCCACUGAGGGAAACUGCAUGAUCUACUACGACAAGGGACAGUUUUGUCUCUUCAGUGUCAACGGCAAACUGCUAGGACACAUGGAGGUGGAAGACAGCAUCAAGGCCAUGCUUCUCAGUCGUGACGGCCAGUAUCUGCUGACAGGUGGUGAUGGAGGUGUAGUAUCUGUCUGGCAGGUCCAUAACCUCAAACAGCUGUUCACCUACCCAGGCUGUGACGCAGGAAUCCGCUCUAUGGCCAUGUCGCAUGACCAAAGGUGCAUCAUAACUGGCAUGGCAUCUGGAAGUAUCGUGCUCUUCUACAACGACUUCAACAGAUGGCACCAUGAGUACCAGACCAGGUACUGAGCUGACAACAGUUGCAACUUGACUGACAAAGUUUGAUACUGACGAAACUGUUUCAAGUGUGAACUCUUCUCAAAGGCACUAUUCUGUCUAUAUCCUGAUAUCCUGAAUGUAUCUCAAUGAAAGAAGAAAAAAAAAUCUGUCCUGUUAUAGUAAAACUAUUUUUAAAAAGGGCAUUGCUAUAUUUUGUAGAUCAGAUAGAAAAUUUUCAUAUAAAUCAUAGGGUGAGGGUUAUGUUACUGUACGGUUAAAAACAAAUCUAUUUUUAGCUGUAAAAGUCUAUUUUCAUCUCCUCUGGAAAAGAAAAGCGGGAUUUGUUGGGGAGCUAGUGAGAACCUUUUCUCUUGACUUAAAAAUCCAAAUAUUUGUGUACUUGGGCGAGUGAUUAUUUUUUUCUUCUGUAGGUGUGUAUGUGGGGAAUAAUUAUUGAGCUAUCAUUCACAGCUUUUUGCCAUUUUGGCAACACAGCCGGUAGAUCUGAAAUGUUUGAAUAAAUAAUAAAUGUAUUGGACAGAAGGAUAAACGAAGAGGGAAUAUACAUAUAUAAAUAUCUAUAUAUUCUGUUUAAAUGUAGUCCUCCAUAUUUAAAAUUUCCAUUCCCUCUGUACCUCUGUGCUUGCUAAGAGAUUGCAUUUCUGUGCAUGGCUCACUACUCAUAUAAAACAUAUCAGCACAGACCUGUCGCAUUAUCAUUAAAUACUUCAAAAAUAUCAAGAACACAAAACUUCCCACUUCCACCCAGUGAUGUUAAAGAUGAGCUUUAUGUAGAGGAGGAUGUCAGGAAGACCAGGAUUUCGCUCCUUCUACAUUUAUUUCCUAAAUGGAUAAGCAAACAGUUAACAGAGUCUUGAUUGUCUUUGAUGGAAAAUCUGAGUGUAUGAGAUCACUUUUUUUUCUCCCUUCAAAUCACUAAAUAAAAAUCAUGUCAUAUCGUACCUAGUCACCCAAGCCAGCUUAGCAUCUUUAAAGGCCUCUUUGAGUCCCAUCUCCAAAACAGCUAACAGCAAAGUUAGAUGUGCAAUGAAAGGAAGGACUUUACACUAUUUCAGUCUGAGGUUCUUUCUCUUUUUUCAUCACAGAAAAGAUGUGAUUCAGCACUGAAAUGGCAAUGAGACAUAUUCCUUUGGUCCUCAGUAAAAUAACCGUCCACUUGUAUCUUCUAUUUUGAGGAAACAUUCCUUUUAAAGUUUGCUCUUUGAUGUGGUUUGAAUCUACAGUUAUAUGAGAACUACUGUUAUCUAUUAACCAAUAUUUUUUGUGUGUGUUGAGUUCUGACAAUAAAAUUGAAUUUUAUAACUUGA